UGCUGAACGCAGCUGCACAGUGCCCGCGGGCUCCCCACCCGGCACAAGUCAGCUGUGCCUGAGGUGCGGUUCCCAGGCGCUAGGGCUCGAGCGUUUCCCCGGACGCUCACCACAGCUGCUGGGUCCCCAGAGAGGAGGAGCGGCUCAGAGACGAGGCUGUAACAAUCUCAAGGCCGGCGGAGGACCAUUUCUGCCACGGACCGGGGACAAGGGCAUGUUGGGCGGCGGCAGUGACGCGGGCCUGGCCACCGCCGCGGCGCGGGGACAGGUGGAGACGGUGCGGCAGCUCCUGGAAGCCGGCGCAGAUCCCAACGCCGUCAACCGCUUCGGGAGGCGCCCGAUCCAGGUCAUGAUGAUGGGCAGCGCCCAGGUGGCAGAGCUGUUGCUCCUCCACGGAGCAGAACCCAACUGCGCCGAUCCUGCCACCCUCACCAGACCUGUGCAUGAUGCAGCUCGAGAGGGCUUCCUGGACACGCUAAUGGUGCUGCACAAGGCAGGGGCACGGCUGGAUGUGUGUGACGCCUGGGGCCGCCUGCCGGUAGACUUAGCUGAAGAGCAGGGCCACCGUGAUAUUGCGAGGUGAAGAAUAAAUUAUUGCUCGGUCCACGAAAUGGAACCCAAACCUGACACUGGCUGAAGUGGCCAAGAACCUAAAACUACAAUAAAUUAGUCAUGACCCAGUAAAAUACCCACUACCAUAUUCUGCUACAGGAACAGAGCAAUAAAAUGACACCUGAUGACAUUGCUAUACCUAUGGAUCAGUGCUUCACUGGCCACAGCAGAGGAGCUUCUUGUAAUAGGUAGGGAAGAACUAACUGAGUCCCACAACUGAACAGUCUGCAGAGGGGAGAGAUGUCCUAGAUGGGAUGUUUUUAUCAAAGCUCUUCCUUCAGAGCUCAGGGAGCUGUGUGGAGGAAGAGGCAGACUGAGAGCCAGAGGAAGGGAAUAUGUCAGGGAAGUUCUCUUCUGGACACAAGAGGACUGACUCUAUGAAUUCACAGAGACUGUGGCGGCAAGUACAAGUUCAAGCACUAAAGGAAUGAAGUGGACACUGGGUCCCAUCCCUAAACACGAACCUAUCUACAAUGGACACCAACUGUCACCCUGUCACCAGCAAAAUCAGUUUUCUCCAAUAGUCUCUCUGAGUAUAUCAACCAUACCUUCAGGACAGGUUCCACGAGUAGUCGGCCAGCCUAGUCGGGCAGCCGAACAGAAUUCAGUGCUAUUUUUGUGGGCUCUUUCCUUUCGCUUUGUUUGGCACUGUUUCAUUGGUCUUUUCCCCGCCUGUUUUGAUUGGGGGAGGGGGCUGGGAGUUGUUUUUUGCUUUUCUUAUUUGCUUUUUGUUUGUUUUUGAGAGACGGAAAACCAAGUUGGACAGGUAGGGAAAUGGACAGGCUCUGGGGGAAAAAUGAUCAAUGUAUUAUUUUCUUACAAAUGUUAAGAAAAAUAUUCUUAAGCAAAUAUAACAGAGCACUCAUUUUCAUACUGGUUUAUAAAAAUAAAAAAACAUAAUUCUAAUUAAUGUUUAAAUAAUCAAUGGAAGCUAAAAUGUACUUUUGAGGGAUAUAUUACUUAAAAUAGCUUCAAAGAAAAAAAUCACACAAAUGGUACUAUAAACCUCCCAUUUGAUUUAUAAAAUCCUUUAGCUUCUUUUGGUCCAAAAUAUUUGAAUUUGCUUGUUUAAGGAGAUCAUUCCAAAUUUAAAGAAAUGAUCAUUCUCAGUGACAUAAUUUCUGUAACAAAUGUUUACAUACAUACAUUUAAUAAUUCUCUAUUGCUCUUCACAGGAAAAAAUUAAAGUUAUAUAGGAUAGUUAAAAGAGUUUAACUGUCUUUGUAAUGGAAGAUAAGCUAAUUUCCUUUUAUAUUCUCCCAGAAGCUGGUAAUUUUCAUGGCAGGUUAUAAGCUUCGCUAUGGCCAAUACUCACGCUAAAAAGGAAAAAGCAGUGGCCUUAAGAACCCACAAAAGUUACAGGACACAUCUGCAGCAGUCCUGUGAAUGGCAGAGCCCACUAUCCCCAAAUGUAAGGAGAUCUGGCAGGGGUGCAUCUAGCCGCAACCAUAUUCUGACUUGCUGGGUACAUUCCCAUUAUUAUCAUAACUACUAAUUAAUUUGCUGUUACUUGGUGUCAUUUCAGCACUCAGUUAUGGCUAUUGAUGACUUGAUGGACAGAUUAUCAUAUAUUUUUAGAAAGAAGGUAACUCUAAAUUUAAAAAUUACUUGAAGAAACAAUAGCAAUUGAAUCUCAACAUAUUCUCCCACUCUACUCGCAAACCCUGGAGAGCGAGGGAACGAGGGGGAGGAAGGCACUGGUCCACAUUGUUCAUUUAACAAUGUGGCUGCUAAGUGACAUGCAUGACAUGAGUAAGUCUUAGUUUCUGCUAUGUAUGAAUAUGGAAACUGCAUGAGGCCCUUUCUGCAGUCCUAUCAUCACUAAAGUUCUGUGCUUCUCGAAUCUCUCCAUAGCUGACAGUGAUGUAUGUAUGUCUGUGUAUCUAAGUAGAUAAAUCUGUGGUUUUCUGAAUAUUUAUUCUGUGGCACUGGGACAAAGAACCUUUUACAAUACUACCUAUCUAUCUGUGGAAAUUUCUACCCCCCUGAACCAGCCAUGUGCUGCAUUGGUUCACUGAAAAAUUCACAAGUCGGAUGAAAACUGGCACAGCAGAAAUACUUGGCUUCGUUUUGACAAGUUCAAUGUAGAAAACAAUGUGGGAGUUAGCCAUUCUAAGUUAAUAGAAGUACACUGAAAAUGUCACUUUUGUGACAUGCACUGGCAUGUGGAGGCUUUCUGAUGUGUUUGUGUAAGAAUUCAGACAGAAAAAUGGAAGUUGGAGCAGAUUCCCUGUUCCUAUCUUCUCACAAAUCCGUCUCCUUGCCCUUCCCCAAAACUGUGUCUUUCUGGGGGACUUCCCUCUCUUCUGCCCCAGUUAAGUAGCACUGAGCUGCAGACAGCAGAGCUGGGGCAGGGCAACACCUUCUCCGGACUGGCAAUAGCUGUCAGUGGACUCCCAAAUCAGAGGGCAAUGAGAAAGGUUUCUGUAUCUUCCUGAGAGAUGUAAUGCUGUUAAAUUUGGUUUUGUUGUUGUUUCUAAGUAAGAUGUAAAUAAUAUCUCACGGUAUGCUGUUACAUAUUUUUAAUAUGUUUAGAAGAGACAUACAAAAACAUUAAGCACUAACAAUGUAGUAUACUCUCAAAUACAAGGACAGGUCAGCAUGUUACUGGGAAUGGGCUUUUCUUCCAAGACUGGGAAGAUGUGCAGUCAGUGGCUCCCUGCUUCUUCUAAGGGUUAAGAUGCUCUUUCCCUUUCCCUCCUACACAGAGGAACUUCUCAUGGUUUCCCCUGCUCACACACCACCUGGGGUUAGAAGCUAUACCCCAUGCCUAAAAACUAUCUGAUCAUUCCCUAUUGCCUCCUAGUCUCUGGACAGCCACCAAGUUACCACAACAAACCUAUUCCAGGAUUCACUUUUGGUCUGUUUAAUUUUUAAAGUAAACAUAAAAAUGAAUGUUAUCUUCCUUCUGGGAAAAAAUUAAAUGACAUUCCAUUCCACCUCCAAGUAACUAGUAUAUGUAUACCAUAUUUAGUAGAUUUAGACCAUGAUGGUGUUGGCCCUAUUAGUUACUUGAAAGCAACAGAUAUGUAUGAAUGUACAUAUAUAACAUUUUUUAUACAUGAGACUAGACUUGUUGGUUCGAACUUAUGUAAAAUAUAUAAAUAUGCACAACCAUCUAACAUGCAGCUUCCUAUACUUCUGGAAAGCAACUUCAAAACACUAAUAAAUAAUUCAUAUUUACUAA